AGAAAAGUUGUUCAUAUACAGUCUUCAAGUUUAAAACUAAAUAGUGAAGAGUGCUGCUCUUUGCAGGUCAUGAAAGGAUACAUGGGGAACCCAGAUGCAACAGCACGAACUAUUACGAAAGAUGGUUGGAUGCACACAGGUGAUAUCGGAUAUGUUGAUCAUGAUGGAAUAUUGUAUAUAAUUGAUCGCAUCAAAGAAGUCAUCAAGUACAAAAGCUUUCAGGUGUCACCUGCAGAGCUAGAGAGGGUUAUAUUGAAACAUCCCAAAGUCGAGGAUGUAGGAGUUAUUGGAAUUCCUGAUACUUAUGCAGGUGAACUUCCAAAAGCAUUUGUCGUGAAGAAGGUUGAUAAUCUAACCAAAGACGACGUGAAUGCUUUUGUGAAAGGCGAACUGGUUGAUUACAAACAACUGAGAGGUGGAAUUGAGUUUGUUAAGAAGAUCCCAAAAUCAGCCACAGGGAAGAUUCAACGUAUUGAAUUGAAAAAAAUGGCCGGAAUUAAAUAAAAUAAACGUGCAAUUGUCAAAUUUGUUAGAUAAUUUUUAUUUAAUGAAAAUAGGAUGAUGAAAAUAUAACCUGUUCAUAGUUUCCAGAAUGAUUUAAACUCAUGGCUAUGGCAUUCGAAUUCAAUUGAUUUUGAAAACGGAGAUUCGUUGCGAACACUUGACCUCAAAUGAUGAUAAUAUGUUUUCGAUAUUUUCAUCAAAUGU